UCUUUUUAUAUUCUUCUCCAGCUGAACAAAAUAUACCUCUCAUAGCCUCGCCUGCAAACGCUUUAUCAUUUCUCUUCUUCAUUUUUUUUCUUCAACAAUUACAAAUUCAUCAAUAAUAUAUAUAUUUAUAUAUAUUUAUAUGUAUAUGUAUUGGCUCUUCAUCUAGCUCACGACCACUUCCGCUCUCGAAAUUUCUGGUUCCAAAUAGUUUCAGGAUUUUGAGAUGGGAACUGUGAAGAAUAACAGUAUUCAUAACGAGAAUGAGCCUGGGACAAGUACACAAGAUUAUGAUUCUUUGGACCAGAAUGAUUCUUUAACUAAUCUAAACAUUGUCAGUGAAAGGAAGGAUGCAAAAACCACAGGAGAUGCUGUCAAUAAUACUAACACUGUUCCAUAUAUCUAUAGACAAGAUGUUGUAAGAAGAGAAACUGGUAUGAUUGGGGUUGUGACAGAAGUUGCUGGUGAUUCGGACUCUGAUAGCAGUAUCACUGAUGAUGAUGACGAUGGUGAUGAUGAAGAUGAAGUUGAUGACAACGAUGACGAUGGUGAAAAUGAGGGAGAAGUUGGUGAUGAGAGUUCAAAUCUGAACGAGAGUGAUGAUAAAGAUACUAAUAGUAAUAGAGGUAAUUUGGAGAGUGGCCCACUUCCUGCCGACCAGGUUCGAGUACUUUGGAUAGAUCAAACUGAGUCAAUGCAAAGUAUUAAUGGGUUAACAGUUAUUGAUCGAGGAUUUUUACAUGGGGAUUAUGUUGCUGCUGCUUCAGACCCUUCUGGACAGGUGGGUGUUGUUGUGGAUGUGAAUAUGUUUGUUGAUUUGCUAGCUCAUGAUGGUUCAAUUGUUAAAGAUGUGUCCUCUAAAGAACUUAAACGUGUGAGGGAUUUCACUGUUGGAGAUUAUGCUGUUCUUGGUCCCUGGCUGGGAAGAAUUGAUGACAUUUUAGAUAAUGUUACAGUGUUGUUUGAUGAUGGUUCCAUGUGUAAGGUUAUGAGAGCUGAGCCACAACGUCUCAAACCACUCUCUAAGAAUAUCCUUGAUGAUGGACAUUUUCCCUACUACCCUGGUCAGCGCGUGAAAGCAAGCUCAUCCACUGUUUUCAAGAAUUCUAGGUGGCUCUCUGGCUUGUGGAAACCUAAUCGGUUAGAAGGCACUGUGACAAAGGUCACAGUUGGAUCAGUUUUUAUGUACUGGAUAGCAUCUGCAGGCUAUGGGCCAGAUUCUUCAACUUCCCCUGCUGAAGAGCAAAGUCCUAAGAACUUGAAACUGUUAUCUUGCUUUGCACAUGCCAAUUGGCAAUUAGGUGACUGGUGUCUUUUCUCCUCAUCAACACUAUCAUCCUUUGUUCCUUUGGACAAAGACCUGUCAAGAUUAGGGCUUCAUGAUCCUGUCAACAGUGAAUUAGAAUCAACUCAAAUGGGUAGUGGGUGUGAUUCAGAAGGUAGUGCUCCAGAAGAAUCAAAUGGUAAUAAUGAAUCCUUGGAUCUUGAUGUGGUUGCUCCAUUGGUUGGAAGCAAUGAAAAUAAUCCAAGUAAUGGAUUAAAUGAAUCUAGCUCUUGUGCUAGUUCGUUGUCAGUUUCAAAGGAGCCUAUUCAUGAAACCUGGCCUCUUCAUCGUAAAAAGAUCCGAAAAGUUGUGGUCAAAAGAGAUAAGAAGGCACGAAAGAAGGAGGAAAGCUUUGAAAGAGCUGUUUUGAUAGUCAAUACCAGGACAAAAGUUGACGUAGCAUGGCAAGAUGGUACAAUAGAGCGUGGAUUGACUUCAACAAACUUAAUUCCAAUUGAUAGUCCGGGCGAUCAUGAUUUUGUUGCUGAACAGUAUGUGGUGGAGAAGGCCUCUGAUGACAUUGAAGAUGCCUGUGAAGCUAGGCGUGUUGGAGUUGUCAAGAGUGUUAAUGCUAAAGAGAAGACAGCUUGUGUAAGGUGGCUAAAAUCUGUUUGUAGACCAGAAGAUCCUAGAGAGUUUGACAAAGAUGAGAUUGUGAGUGUAUAUGAGCUUGAGGGGCAUCAGGAUUAUGACUAUUGCUAUGGGGAUGUUGUUGUUAGACUGUCUCCAGUAUCCGUUUCUGUAGAAAGGGUAUCUGAUAGGGAGGAACCAAAGCAACAAAAUGGGAGGAAUGAUGUCCAAGAUCUAGAAAGUUGCUCAGGAUAUGAUGAUGUUGAUGACACAUCUACUGACACAGCUUGUGCAGAUUUCUCAGAUCUCUCUUGGGUUGGGAAUAUAACUGGUCUCAAGGAUGGUGACAUCAAAGUUACAUGGGCAGAUGGGAUGGUUUCCACGGUUGGACCUCAAGCAAUUUAUGUAGUUGGCCGAGAUGACGACGACUCUAUUGCUGAUGCAAGUGAGGUUAGUGAUGAUGCUGCUAGUUGGGAAACAGUUAAUGAUGAUGAUGAUGAUGGAAUGGAUGAUGCUCUUGAGAAUAUUAAAGAGGAAGAUGAGAUGGAUACUAUUUCACGGUUGAUUUCUGGAGAAGAUGAGAUGAGCAGAGAGAGUGAUUCUGGUAGAAAUCCAGCCUUCUCCGUUCCUUUGGCUGCAUUUAGGUUUGUUAGCAGAUUGGCCAAUGGAUUAUUUUCACGAGGACAAAAAAGUUCGGAUCCAAUUGGUUUGGAGUCCAAAGGUGAAGUUGAAAUUGAAGUUCAGCAGGAAGAUGUGUUGGAGACCCCUGAGGAUAGAGAUUGUAGUUAUGAUGCCAGUUCUCAGAAAUCUAUUGUGGUUGAUGGCUGUGAAUCCGAGACUCAUCAUAGAAAAGGAGAGGAACAUGCUGGCAUAGGUACCUCGGAAAUGAGGGAGGCUGCAGAAAUUUUAUGUACUUUGAGAACUGAAGAGCCUGAUGCUUCAGAGUGUAAAGAGUUUGACAAUUGCUCUUUCAAACGAUUUGAUAUAGCUACAGAUCCUUUAGACCAUUAUUUUCUUGGUUCAAGCGGGCAGAACAACGGAAGAAAGUGGUUUAAGAAGGUUCAGCAAGAUUGGAGCAUCCUUCAAAACAACCUUCCCGACGGGAUCUAUGUACGAGCAUAUGAAGAUAGAAUGGAUCUCUUAAGGGCAGUUAUAGUGGGAGCAUACGGGACACCUUACCAAGAUGGUCUCUUUUUCUUUGAUUUUCACCUUCCACCAGAGUACCCUGAUGUUCCCCCAUCGGCUUACUAUCAUUCUGGUGGGUGGCGGAUAAAUCCAAAUUUAUACGAGGAAGGAAAGGUUUGCCUGAGCCUUUUAAAUACUUGGACUGGAAGAGGGAACGAAGUCUGGGAUCCAAAGUCUUCUAGCAUACUUCAAGUUCUAGUUUCGCUACAGGGUUUGGUGUUGAACUCUAAGCCAUAUUUUAACGAAGCUGGGUAUGAUAAGCAGGUUGGGACGGCUGAAGGGGAGAAAAACUCAUUGUCAUAUAACGAAAACACAUUCUUAUUAAGCUGCAAGACAAUGAUGUAUCUCAUGCGGAAACUUCCCAAGGACUUUGGAGAACUUGUAAAAGAGCACUUCAGGAAGCGCGGUCACUACAUUCUUAAGGCGUGUGAUUUAUAUAUGAAAGGUUAUCUUAUAGGUUCUUUGACUAAAGAUGCCUCGCUGAGCGACAGAAGUGACCCGAAUUCAACUUCAGUUGGUUUCAAGUUGAUGUUGGCCAAGAUUGUGCCGAAACUUCUCUUGGCUCUGUCCGAGGUUGGAGCUGACUGUGAUGAAUUUAAGCAUCUGCAACACCCGCAGUAAUGGCCAAUUUGCCAACAUGUUUUCAUCCAUUGAUUCAACCAGGUUACUUUUUUUUCUUCAUUUCAUUGCUGUUCUCUCAAGUUCAUAGGGGAAAAAAAUUGCAAUUUCUCUAGUUGCUCAAUGUAAAAGCUUAUGGAAUUAUAUGAACUAUUUGUUUCUUUAAUUUGCCUUAAAAAAAAAAAAGAAACUUGUGUUUUUCUCGAGACCCUUAAUCCAUUUUAAGAAAUUGGGGUUUCUUGAAACAACUUUUUGUUUUGUUUUUUGGGGAUUUGGCUGCUAACUAAUUGUUCUGAUUUUUUCCUUCUUUGCA